AUGGCUCACGGCCCAGACGUAUUCUUUGAUGUCACCAUUCAGGGAAAGCCUGUGGGACGCAUUAUCUUUCGUCUGCGGGAUGAUAUCUGCCCAAUGACAUGUCGCAACUUUCGAGAACUCGCAACCGGCGAGCACGGUUUCGGAUACAGGCAUUCCACCUUUCAUCGUAUCACGUCCGAUUGGAUUCAGGGCGGAGACAUCCAUGGUGGAGAUGGGGCCGGCGGACGGUCGAUAUACGGCCCCCGAUUCCCAGAUGAGAAUCUGUAUCUCACGCACGAUCGACCAGGCGUACUGUCGAUGGCAAACCGAGGCCCGAACACCAACUCUUCCCAUUUCUUCAUUACUACCUCGCGGGCGUCCUGGUGUGACGGUCGCAAUGUCGUUUUCGGGGAGGUCGUCUACGGGAUGGACGUCGUGAAGAAGAUCCAGUCGUAUCAGUCGGACGACAUUCUUCGCCGACCCUCUGUGCCCAUCGUGAUAUCCAACUCAGGACUUCUAUGA